AUCAAUACAAAAUUUGUAUUACAGAGCGAAAAGCAGGCUGGGCGUUAGGGGUUCGAUCCUAGAUUUCAAACGAUUAUCAGUAGCUCAACAAACUCACACUCGACAGUAAAUUACAGAGGCAACAUCUGGUCGAUAAAAGAUUGUGUAUCAUCAUCACUCGUUUGUGGAUUGGAAAUCAAGAACCAUAUACUUAAGCGGAAAAUCAAAAAAAAUACAAAUAUGGAUCGCAUUCAGAUCGGCGAGCAGCUGUUCUUCCAGCGGAGCGACGGUCGAGUGCAUCCGGUUGUGUGCACUGCCAAGAAUCUGGAGCACGACUCCAUAACGGGCGAGUGGACCGAGGGCACGGUGGUCAAGGGCAAGGAGGUGCCACUGAGCACGCUGAUCGGCAUCAAUCGUCACAUCUUCGCGGAGAAUCAAUCGCCGCCAUCCAAGCCACCGAACUCCAUGUUGCCCAAGCCGAGGGCCCCGAGUCCGCCCACAGCACCUAUGUCCCUUCGCAAGUCCCACACUGGAAAUCCGUAUACGGAACGCAUUAGAGUGCCGGACUGUCGCAGUAAAAUUGCCACGAGAAAGACGGAUCCUGCUACGGCGGGAAAUCGUGAGCAGGCCAGGUCGCACACCCCGCGGGUGGCCAACUGCAGACCCACCCGGGAUGCCAGCCCCGCCCAAGGUCGCCGGGCGCAGGGUGGCCACAAGGGCAACAAUAGCAACAGCAACAGCAACCAACGCUGUUCCAGUGUCGUGCGGGAGGUGAACCGCAUGAAGGAGGAGCGGGAGCGGCGCAGGGCGCGCCAGGUGGAGCAGCUGCAGGAGAAGGAUGCGAUGCGUCGCAAGGAUCCGGGCAAUCCCAACUGGGAGGUGUCGCUGAUGCUGCGCCAAUACCGCUCCACCCUGAUCUUUUCCCCACUUCGAUGCCUGGAUCCCAAUGGUGCCACUGUGCAGCAAAUCACGGUGUGUGUGCGAAAGCGACCCAUGAGCCGCCGGGAGGAGAACACCAAGAAUCUGGACAUCAUCUCGGUGCCCAGUGCCGACACCCUGAUCGUUCACGAGCUGCGCCUCAAGGUGGACCUCACCAAGUUCCUGGAGCACCACAAAUUCCGCUUCGACUACACGUUCGACGAGGAGUGCUCCAAUGCGCUGGUCUACGAUCACACGGCUCGUCCUCUGAUCAGAACCAUGUUCGAGGGCGGCAAUGCCACGUGUUUCGCCUACGGACAAACUGGCAGCGGCAAGACGCACACCAUGGGCGGCGAAUUCUUCGGAAAGAUCCAGGAUUGCGGCACCGGCAUCUACGCCAUGGCAGCGCGCGAUGUCUUCGAGGAGGUGGCCCGGCCCGAGUACCAGGAGAUGGGUGCCAAGAUCACGUGCAGCUUCUUCGAGAUCUACGGCACCAAGGUGUUCGAUCUGCUGCUGCCCAACAAGCCGCUGCUGCGCGUCCUGGAGGAUGGCAGACAGCAGGUCGUGGUGGUGGGCCUCACGGAGAUGCCGGUGACCAAGGUGGAGGAUGUCCUGCGACUGAUCGAGCACGGCAGCAAGGAGCGCACCUCCGGCCAGACCUCGGCGAAUGCCAAGUCAUCGCGCUCCCAUGCCGUCUUUCAAAUAGCACUGCACAUGCCCGAUUCCUGGGGCCCCUACGGCAAGUGCUCCUUUGUGGACUUGGCGGGCAAUGAACGUGGCGCGGACACGCAAUCCGCCGAUCGCCAAACUCGCAUCGAGGGUGCCGAGAUCAACAAAUCCCUGCUGGCCCUCAAGGAGUGCAUUCGCGCGCUCAGCCGGCAGUCGAGCCACCUGCCCUUCCGGGGAUCAAAGUUGACACAAGUGCUGCGCGACUCCUUCGUCGGCGGCAAGAAGAACAAGACCUGCAUGAUUGCCAUGAUAUCGCCAUCCAUGAGCUGCGUGGAGCACACGCUCAACACGCUGCGUUACGCGGACAGGGUGAAGGAGCUUAUAGCCAAGGAAGAGGAUAUCUUGCAGUCCGCCAGUGGGGGGGAUGGGGAGAAGUCGCCCGAUCUCGACGACGAGUCCGAGCCAGAAAUGCUGGCCGACGAGGAGGUCGACGAUGAGCAGGAGGACGAGGAGAAUCCGCAUAUAACCAUAUCCUCCGAGGAGGCCAGCUCCUGCACUCAACCGCACAUCAGUUUCGACAUGAACUUCAACCACACCAUCAACGCACCCGUGGAGCUGCGAGAGGUGGCCGAGCAGCAUGGACUUUUGGUGGAGUAUCUGGAGGACUACGCUCGCAACUUCCGGGAACUGGAAACGGAAAAGGAACUGGAGCAAUACACGCGAAAUUCAGAAAGCUUGCUACUGGAACUGCUGGCCAUGGUGAGCCGUACGCGGGAUCUAACGCUCAAUUACAACACUCAGAAGUUGAUGAAGAGAGGUCACCAGAAUGCAAGCAAGGAGGACGAGCAGGACGAACAGGACGAACAGGACGAUUCCGACUAGAUAUUUCCCACCCACUCACCCAUCAAUAUGAAUUUAUUUUCUACCACUCUGUAUCUUUUCAAUUGCGUUUUGGGGGGACCCCCGAAUGGCUCAGAUUUCGAAUCGAUAAACAAGCAGUUAAUGAAAAUUCAACCACGAA